GCUGUUCCAUCAUCAAAAAGUAGUACAAGAUGUCCGUCUAGUCGCUUCAGCAAAUCAAAAUAAGUGUCAGCCGAAAUAAUUAAAUUAAAUCUAGGGAAGUCUUGGCCGUAAUUGUACGAAAUGAGUCUCAAAAUCGACAUCAGCGUGUGUCGCGUGUGCUGCAAAUCCGAUGCGACCCAAUCGAUCCUGAAGUACGCCAAAAAGUUCCACUACUGCACUGCGAUCGAGGUGGCGGAAAACGAUGGACUUCCGGACAAGAUAUGCGAGGUGUGCCUCGAUCGGAUGAAGAUUGCGGUCGAGUUCAAGAAAAAGAGCGAGUUCUCCGACCGGCAGCUGAGGAGCUUCAUCUGCAAUGUGAACAAUCAGUUCCUGGCCCUGGAGGGGUCGAGUUCGGCCAAUCUGGACUGCGACGAUGAAGAUGAUGGGCCACAGGAUACUGUGGCAGUGGAGGAAACCCUACCGAAGGGGAUGAUCGUUGCCAUACCCGUGAAUAGCGCCUUGGGAUGUGGUCCGGUGGAACAUCCUGAACAAAAGUCGAUUCGUGAGAAAUCUGCUUCUCCAGAACCACCGGAAGCGAAGGUGGCCACGGAACCGGAUCGACUUCCCAGUCCAGCUUUGGAGUCGGAACCGGAACCGGAUCCUCAGCCGGAACAGGAACAGGAGAAGUUCCGCGCCGUUGCAGUGAUUCAGGAGAAACCCGCCGUCAAACCGGAAAAGGAACUCUACGAAGUGGUAGAACUUGAGUACGACGAUAGCUUUGUACAUGAGGACGAGCCAAUGGAACUGGAGGAACCAGAGCAACCAGAACAGCACCAACACGUCUCGGUGACCGGUUCGGAAUCCGGGGAUUCUGGUGAGCAGGUAAUCUACAUCGGAUUCACUACCGACUACCAGGAGCAAGAGGAGGAAGACGUGAACAACUCGGAACCCCUGGACGACGAUUCCGAAAGACAGGAAGAGCUUUCACAGGAAAGUGAACCUGCCCAGCAGGAAUCGUACCGCCAGGAGAGCAGUACAAUCGACAAAAACUCACCGGGGACAAAGUUCGAAUGCUUCGAGUGUUCCAAAUCGUUCUCCACCAAAACGAAUCUCAACCGACACGUGCAGUCCCACAAUGGGAACAAACCGUUCGUUUGUCCUUUGUGCAAUAAGGGCUUCACACAAGGAGGAUCGCUGAAGCAGCACCUGCUCAUCCACCAGAACCUGCGGCCGUUCGUUUGCACGGUGUGCGACCGGGCGUUCACCCAGCAGAAGUCGCUCACGUUCCACAUGCGACGGCACACCAACGAGAAGCCGUUCGUGUGUCCGCACUGUUCGUACGCGUUCCGGCAGAAGGACGGCCUCAAGCGCCAUCUGAUGGUGAAGCACACGGAAAACGACGCCCGCAUGUUCGACUGCGACCAGUGUGGGAAGGCAUUUAAGACGCGGUAUGCGCUGUCGAUGCACCGGAAGCGUCAUGAGAACGGCCUGCCGGCGACGACACGAGAAAGGUAAGCGACGAUGGAUUGUACGUGUAAUACCGAAUUAGGCUGUAGAAUUAUGAAGAAUUGUUUAUUGGAAUAAGUACAAGUAUCGUAGAGAUA